AUGCGCACGAACACACCUGGCAAGGCGGCCGUCGGGGCACACCCAGCCAAGAAGGGCGGUGCCUCUUCAAAGCGGGGCAAGGGGACGCCUAAUCAUGGGAAGGCACAGGCUUCAAGCAAAGGGGUUGGAGUGCGGCGUAACUCGUCGCGGCGUGAUUCACAAAAACGCACGACCGCCAAGGCCGAUCCCGGAGAGCCCAGUCCUGUGAUUCUUUUGAGUAAUUUGGAGGUGUCGUCUCGCACAGAGUUGGCUGCCUUGCUCUCCUACUACGGCCCUGUUCGUCACAUGACCUUUUUGAAGGAUAAAACGAAGGCUUUGGCGGAGUACAUGAGCCAAGCUUCUGCCGAGGCAUUGGUGGCAUCGGGGUCGCUUCGGCAAUUCAAUCGCAGUGCUACCGUCAUCUUCAGCAGUCAUGAUCAUAUCGCUCUUGCUCUGACACGAACAAAUGAAGUGACCAACCCCCCUUCCCGGGUCCUCUCGAUUAACAUUUGCAACUGCCCCUUUGACCCAACUCUGGAAUUUUUGCAUGCCCAGAUGGCACGUUAUGGCCAAGUACUGCGCAUUGUAACGAUCCGCAAGGAUGGUGACAUGCAGGUGCUCGCAGAGUAUGCCCAACAAUCAGAGGCAACGGUGGCAUUGAAUGCCUUACAGAAUGAGACGUUGUCGAUUCGCAACAACACCUCGAGUGCUCGUGACUUUACUGUCAACGGUGCAACGACAUCAAUCGUGACGCGCACGGACGGUCAGGCACUUGCUGAGAUGCGCGUUGGUCCUCAGCAUACAACAGUCUUGCUGCACAAUUGGCCCACUGGUCUGAACGUUCACCACGCCGUCGCAUUGGCCUGCGUCUACGGCAACGUUGACAAAUGCGUGAUGGUCCCGAGUUCACGAACCAUCCUGAUCCAAUUUCAAGAUGAGGCCGGUCAACAGGCAUUUUCACAACACGUUUCAAAGCUGCAGCUGUUGGGAUCGCAGUUGAAUGUCACAACGAGCAAGCAGGAGGAGCUGCGCGUGCAGAGCAAACGCACGCUUGAGGAUGGCUCGCCUCAGGGCGUGGACGUAUCUAAGGAUGCCAAGCUUCGCCGAUUCAAGCCCAAUGAGCGUGGCGGUCGCACCCCACCGUCCAACACGCUGCACUUUCACAACGUUCCCCAAGCCGUAUCCCUGGAAACGCUUUUGGCCGCCAUGGCUGCGCGAGGAGCCCCCGCGCCCGUCUCAAUCCGCAAUCUGACGCAAGCGGGCAAACCAACCCAACAUGGUCUGCUGACGUUUUCGACGGAACAUGAUGCAUUGGUCGCGGUAGUCAAAGCCAACAACAUGCCCUUGCCCGGUGUUGCGGACCGCAUUCUAAAGGUUGCCUUUUCCCGCCAACAGUCAUAACAUUGAAACUGGUUUGCAAUCGCUCCCACCCUUGAGCCAUAAUCGAAACCCAGUGUG